CAACGGUCAUAAAAGCCUGCGCGUGCGAUCAUCGCCGCAGUCCGUGCCUACGCGCUAUCGCUCCGUACGCACACGGUUUAGUCUAAGUCCCCACAGCAGCACCGACAACAUGCUGCGUUCGUUAACAUUUUGCACGUUACUGGCUCUAACCCUCGCUCAAAGUGGAUACGAGUAUAAUAAACCCGACACUCCAUUUGGACAAGGGACGUCUCCAAGCCGACCAGUGGGAGCACCUACAGGACCUUCUGGUGGUUACCCAAGUUCUCCAACAUCCCCUUCUUUCCCGGGUAGACCUCACAAUGAAGACUUUACUAGCCCUAUUUCUGGAUCAACACCGAGUCACUCAUCUGGUCCAUCAGGAGGUCUAGGAAAUCAAGGCUACCCUUCAUCUGGACAGAGCCCUCAGGCAGGAUAUCCGGGACAAAGUCCAUCUUUCCAAAGACCUGGUGGAUCAUCUUCAGGUGGAUAUCCUAGCCAAGGAAGCUCAAAAUAUCCUGGACAAGAUCAAAAUUAUCCUGGUCAAACUGGAACAGCGUCAGGAAAUUCCCAUUUUGGACCCGAUAACUCUGGCAGACCAGGCAAUUCUGUAUUUGGCUCCAAUAGUCCAGGGGUUGGGUCUGGGUCUGGAUCUAGACCUGGUUCACAAGAUUUCGGUUCGAGUUCUCCUGGAUUUGAGUCUGGUACUCAGGGUUUUGGAAGCAGUAGCGAUAAUACUGGUGCUUAUGAAGGAGGUGAUUAUUCAGCCAUUCCCGGAAACCCCGAUAUAGAUUAUCCAAUUUUAUCAGAAAUCCCUCAAACUUCAUUUAGGUGUGACGCUCAAGCUUACCCUGGUUACUACGCCGAUGUUGAAACUCGUUGUCAAGUAUUCCAUGUUUGUGCUAAUAAUAUAACUUAUGAUUUUCUCUGCCCUAAUGGAACAGUUUUCUCUCAACAAGUUUUUGUUUGCGUCUGGUGGAAUCAAUUUGAUUGUAAUUCUGCUCCUAGUCUUUAUGGACUUAACGCAAAUCUAUACGACUACUCUAUAACUGGAUCUUCCCAAGGAAAUUAUAAUGGUGGAAAUAAUGAUUAUACACAAAACCUACAAGGACCUGGACCAUCGCAAGGAUCAACUGGAAACUACCAAGGGAGCUCAUUACCCCAAGGAUCGGGUGCAUAUCCUGGAAGUACAAGACCUCAAGAUUCAUUAGGAAACUAUCCUAACUCUAGGCCACAAACACCAUCCGGCUUAUAUCAAGGAAGCUCAGGAUCAUCAUCAUAUCCGAGUGGCACAGGGGCUCAAGGUUCUUCUGGUUCAUAUCCAAACAAUCCCUCUCCACAAAUUCCAUCUUCGUAUCCAGGGAAUACUCCGUCACAAGGACAAUCUUCAUCAUAUCCUAGCAGCCCAGGUUCAGAAGGUCCUUCUCAAGGACCCACGUCCUUCCCGCCAUCACAAAGCAGUCCCGGUUAUCCUGGAAGUAGUCAAGGUUACCCAUCGGGAAGACCAAGCGGCCCCAGUUUUUCUUCAGGAAGACCUCAAGAUAAUCAAAACAAUGCAGGAUUUCCGCCUUCACAGCCUAACAGAGAAUAUCUCCCACCUCGAAACUGAUGUUUUAAAUAAUUUUAACUGGUAAUUCUAAUAAUGUGUAUCAAUAGACUUUAUUUAUAGUUUAAAUAGUAAUAUUAUUUUUGUUUAAUGUAAAUUAGUGGUUAAGAUUUGCCAAAAUUAAUCUUAGGAGCCAGUGCAGGCACUAUGUAAAAAACGAACGGAAAGGUCGGUGCUGUUUAAAUUAGGAACAUCUUAUCAUCCAAAUUAUUUUAGAAUAAAUAAGAUAAUAAUAAAUCUGAAUUUUUAAUUUAAUAUUUUUAAUAAAUAACAGUUACAUAGUUUCUUACAAAAAUGUGAUUAAAUGACCAUGAAGUUACCAAUCGUAUUAGUUGAGUAACUUAUCAACUGUAGUCGAAAAAACAUUUCCUAUGUAAAUUAAUAUU